AUGGAGUCAGUUUCUCCCACUCCAAGCUUACGGGCUCCGCACCACGUAUUCCACUGCCCAGACCUGGGGGUUCACGGACUGCAGGGUGAAGAUCUUCUCCUGAUUCUUCUUAUUCAACUGGCUCACUGUGGGCCAAUCCAUUGCAGUGCUAAACACAUGGCCCCUCAAGGCCAGCACUCCCUCACUGCCUGGGCAAAACCUUGGGCCACCCUGAUCCAAGCAUUUGGCAUGGCAACCACACAGAGAUCCAGCCACUCCACAAUCACAGCAUUCAGCCUGCGUGGCGUGCCAGGACAUGGAGUACACCGCUGCACAUUAAGCUCGCACCCAGCCUACCCAGGAAGACCCAGCCAGAAGGAUAGAGAACUACAAUUCCCAGCAUUCUCCAUGGGUCCCUAA